AAAUCUUCUUCCAAUGUAAAGGUUACAAAAUGGAGCCAAAUGCAUUGUAUAAUAGUCAUAUGGAAACUUCCCAUUGUGUUCGGUUACAUACGAGAGGUCACAUAGAAGAGAAAGUCAAUGUUUGUGCUUUUUGUGGAAAAUAUUUUACAAAGUCAGGCAAUUUAAAGGUUCAUGAGCGAAUACACACAGGAGUAAAACCAUAUGCAUGCAAAUUUUGUGGAAAAUGUUUUACGCAAGCCGGAAGUUUGAAAAUACAUACUCGAAUUCACACAGGGGAGAAGCCAUUCACUUGUAAACAUUGUGGGAAAUGUUUUAGAAGGUCAGGUGAUUUAAAGGACCAUGAAAAAAUGCAUACAGGAAUCAAGCCUUAUGCAUGCAAAUCCUGUGGAAAAUGCUUUACGAGGCUUAGAGAUUUGUAUGUUCACAACCGAAUUCACACCCGGGAGAAGCUGUUCACUUGUAAGCAUUGCGGAAAAUCUUUCACAACGUCGAGUGGUUCGAAGGUUCAUGAGAGAAUCCACACAGGAAUUAAACCAUAUAAAUGCCAAUUGUGUGGAAAACGUUUUACGAAAGCACAUUUGACUAGGCAUACCCGAACUCACACCGGGGAAAAGCCAUAUAAUUGUAAACAUUGCGGAAGAUGUUUUUCCACAUGUGGAAAUUUGAAAAAUCAUAUCUCAAUUCACACUCAAGAAAAUCUAUUCACUUGUGGGCAUUGCGGAAAAUGCUUUACAGACAGUGGGAGUUUGAAAAGACAUAUCCGAAUCCACACCGGUGAAAAACCUUACGCUUGUAAACAAUGUGCAAAGUGUUUUACAACGUCGAAUCAAUUAAAGGUCCAUGUUCGAAUCCACACAGGUACGAAACCAUAUACUUGUAAAUAUUGUGGAAAGUGUUUUACACAAUCGGGAGGUUUAAAAACACAUACCCGAAUUCACACCGGAAAAAAAAAAAACAUUGCGGGAAAUGUUUUCCAACGAAUGGUUAAUAAUCCGAUCGGUGUGACAUCAGUAUCCAGACAUCAGGGUCACAGAAUGCAAACGACUGCUACAACGUUUAAUAGACUUCACGUUUGCAAACAUUGUGGGAAGUCGUUUAAGACAAAAAGUCAUUUACGGAGGCAUACAGGAGAAAAACCCUAUGUUUGCGAUUUGUGCGGAAAAUGUUUUACAUCGUCAAGUAACUUGAGGAUUCAUAUGCGAAUACAUACAGGAAUGCAACCUUAUACAUGUAAAUUUUGCGGGAUGCGUUUCACAACAAAUGACAAUUUGAAAAGACAUAUCUCAACUCACACCGGAGAAAAACCAUUCACUUGUAAACAUUGCGGAAAAUGUUUUAGACAGGGUGGAAAUUUGAAAAAACAUAUUUUAUCUCACACCGGGGAAAAGCCAUUUACUUGUAAACACUGCGGUAAAUAUUUUACAAAAAAUGAUAGUUUAAAACAACACAUCCUCAAUCACACUGGAGAAAAACCUUACGCAUGUACACAGUGUGAUAAGUGUUUUAAAACGUCGAGCCAAUUAAACACAGGAAUCAAGCCAUAUGUUUGUCAAUAUUGUGAAAAGUGUUUUACUAGUACUGGCGGUUUGAAGAAGCACACCCGAAUUCACACAGGGGAAAACCCUGAUCAUUACGGUAAACGUUUUUCACAAAGUGGAAAUUUGAAACAACACAUUCUUAAUCACACUGGAGAAAAACCUUAUGCAUGUACAUGGUGUGACAAGGGUUUUAAAACGUCGAGCCAAUUAAAGUUUUAUGUGCGAACCCACACAGGAAUCAAGCCAUAUGUUUGUAAAUAUUGUGAGAAGUGUUUUACGAGUACUGGAGACUUGACGAAGCACACCCGAAUUCACACUGAGAAAAAAACAUUAAAGAAGCAUAUCCUGACAAACACUGGAGAAAAGCCAUACCAUUGUGAAAUUUGUGAAAAAUGCUUUACAACGUCGGCGAGUUCAAAAAGACAUGUACUAAACCACGCCAACAAUUAA